AAUGGACAGAAAGAGAAUGUAGAGAUGGAUUCAGGUGGUCUAGUUUUAAAGGCGUCUUCAGGGUUUUUGCCUUCUGGGACUUUGUUGGAGCCUCUGAUUCAAAUAUCCCAUGAAGUUGCUUCAAUGGAGAAGCUUCCAUUUAUACAGGAUGGAAGUGCUCUCUGGGGGAUUAUACUGACUGAGGUUAUUUCCAACCAGUUUUAUGUGCUGGUGAAAGAGAUGAGAAUGGCUCUUGAUAUUCUACCUCUGAGUUUGCUGAAUAUCCUCACCACAGAUAUUAGGGAGCAGGUUGAGCUUUUUCAUAAGCAAGCAAAAAGGGCGGAUUUGUUUGUUGAUCCUAAAGAGCUUCAAAGAAGAGGAGAGCUUCCGGAAAGUCCAUUGGAUCAUGAGGAGGAGAUUAGAAAGCUUGAGGCAGAAGCACAGCAACUGGCAGGUACAGGAGGAAUGAGAAGACCAGAGGAGACAUCAGUCAGAGGCCAUCUGCCUGCUUAUGAUGACAGAAGUAUUGACCACUCUUCAUCAUCUCAAUCAAUGUUACAGAACAUUCCUGAUGAGUUUCGUUGCCCGCUUUCACUUGACCUGAAAAGGAUCCUUGGACAGAAAUUGAUUCAUAUGGCCCUUGUACCAAAUUAUGCAUUGAAGAGUUUGGUGCAUCAAUGGUGCCAGGAAGGUUCAUCUUCAUCCGCCUCGCCAUUGGAGAGAAGUAAUAACCAAAGGGAAACACGUGAGAGUGCUAUUGAUCACAUUUCUGCUGCUAAAGCUGCCAUUGAUGCUGUCAAGAUGACAGCUGAAUUUUUGGUGGGGAAGCUAGCAAUGGGGUCACCAGAAAUCCAGAGGCAGGCAGCUUACGAGUUGCGGUUGCUUGCCAAAACAGGCAUGAAUCAUAGAAGGAUAAUUGCUGAAGCAGGAGCUAUACCUUUUCUUGUGACAUUGCUGAGCUCCAGUGAUCCAAGAAUUCAGGAAAAUGCUGUAACUGCGUUGCUUAACCUGUCCAUUUUCAACAACAAUAAGAUUCUGAUAAUGGCUGCAGGAGCAAUAGACAGCAUAGUAGAAGUUCUACAAUCAGGGGGAACAAUGGAGGCAAGGGAAAAUGCAGCAUCAGCAAUCUUUAGCCUGUCAAUGAUAGAUGACCACAAGGUUGUCAUUGGAGCUCAUCCUAGAGCAAUUCCAGCAUUAGUCAGGCUCCUCCAGGAAGGCCCAGCAGCUGGAAUAAGAGAUGCUGCAACUGCAAUGUUCAAUCUUGCAAGGUAUAAUGCAAACAAAGCAUGCAUUGUGUUAGCUGGGGCGGUACCUUUGCUCAUUGAGCAAUUGAUGGAUGGUAAGGCAGGGAUAACAGAUGAUGCCUUGACUUUGAUGGCUCUGCUUAUAGGCUGUCCCGAAGGGCUGGAGGCAAUAAAGAAAAGUCGAGUACUGGUUCCCCUUCUGAUUGGUCUCUUGAGAUUUGGAUCUGCCAAAGGGAAGGAGAAUUCAAUUACACUGCUGCUUGGGCUGUGCAAAGAUGGAGGACGGGAGUUGCAAGUAGACUACUGAUACGUCCGCAAAGUAUUCCCUCCCUUUAGAUCUUGGCAGCUGAUGGGUCCUUGAAAGCAAGAAGAAAGGCCGAUGCAUUGAUUAGAUUACUGAACAGAUGUUGCUCUCAUUCUCAGAAUCCUGUUGUAUAACAGUGAGAAAACUUCUACAUAGAAGUGUGUAUUUGGGGAUUACUAAAGGGAAUUCUUAUAG